GCAGCAUUUGCAAGAUGACCAAGUUUGUGACGUCCAAGAAGGAAGUCCUCUCGCUGUACCGCGAGAUCAUCCGCGUCUCGCGGGCCUUCCAAUGGCCCAACGAGCAAGGCCAGCCGUGGGCGAAGAUCCUGCGAGAGAACGCCCGCAAGGAGAUUGAAAUGGCCCGCCACGAGACAAACACGGAGAAUAUUGCGCGCAUGCUCGUGGUUGGCUGGGACUGUCUGCACCAAGUGCAGAGCAAGAUGGCGGAGAAGGCCGACGAGAUGCAAGGCAAGACCAAAGAUUAAUUCCUAAUGCUACUUUAACGUAACAACCCGA